AUGAGGUUGAAAGUUAUUCACUCUCGCAGUCCUCGUCACACAGACUCUGUUACUGCUGUGGAAUGGGUGAAUAGUGAAGAAAUAAUUUCUUUGGGCGAUGACCGUCAAAUUUUAAAAUGGAAAACGUCCACUAUGGAAGCAUCCCCACUCAAUCAUUUGGCUGAAGCGUCUUUCCCAACAUCUAUGCAUUGGUUCCCCCGCACAGUUAAAGGUCAAUCUGAUAUCUACUCUAUGACUACAACUGACGGGAAACUUCAUAUUGUGAACAAGAACAUGAAAAGUGAAAAAUCCGUUGAGGCUCACAAAGGUGCUGCCAUUAGCGCAAGAUGGAGCCCCGAUGGCAGUGGCCUCCUAACAUGUGGAGAAGAUGGUGCUGUCAAAAUGUGGUCUAGGAGUUGCAUGCUAAGAUCAGUGAUCGCUCAAUUCUCAAGUCCAGUACAUUGUAUUUCAUGGGAUAACUCAUCUACACGAAUUUUGUAUUGUAAUAAUGAUAGUUGCUUUAUAAAAUCUUUGAAACAACAGACUAACGCUUUGAAAUGGAAAGCUCAUGAUGGGAUUGUUAUGUGUUGCGAUUGGUCACCUCAAGCCGACGUUAUCGUAACCGGAGCAGAAGAUCUGAAAUUCAAAGUAUGGGACACAUUUGGUCGAAUACUAUUUUCCUCGGCGCCUUAUGAUUACGCGAUUUCCAGUAUUCGAUGGAGUCCCGAUGGAACUCUCUUUACUGUAGGCUCUUAUAAUAUGAUACGCCUCUGUGACAAAGCUGGAUGGUCUCACUCUCUCGAGAAACUUGGAACAGGAUCUAUUCUUGAAAUGGCUUGGUCUCCUGAUGGAACCCAACUGGCUGCUGCAACAGCUGGAGGCCACGUAAUUCAUGCCCACUUGACAGAAAAAAGAUUAUCAUAUCGUAAUCUGGAAAUUGUACAAACAAAGCCUAAUAUGAUCGAGGUUCGCGAUGUCAGUAGUGACACAGCAAAAGAGAAACUUGAAACAAGGGACAGAAUAACUCGAAUUUCUAUUAAAUAUGAUUAUGUCAUGAUUAUAACAAUUACCCAACUCUAUAUAUUCAGCUCCAGCAAUUGGAACACUCCCGUGAUAACAGAUCUUAAGGAUAGAACCCCUUCUAUAGUUAUUCAAUGUGAAAAAAUCUUUUUACUCGGCGAUGGUGUAUUUUUUUAUAUCUUGAACUAUGAUGGCAGAACAAUCUGUGAGAUUAAAGCUCCUGGCGCCACAGGUCCAUCUUUGAAUGAAAUGACAACAGCUCUAGCAAACGAUACUAUCGUGUUUCGUGAUCGUGGGGAUAUCAAAACUCUUCACUUUUUCGACCCAUCCACAUCUAAGCCACAAGGAGAUGGAGCACUAACUCAUGAAAACGAUAUUAUGGAAGUAGCUAUAUCUCAAACUGGGCCGUUAUCAGAAAGAACGGUAGCUUUUCGAGAUCAAAACUCGAAUAUACAUCUUGCUCUAGUUAAAACAUAUAGACUAUCUCAAAGAAUAGCAAAAAUUGGUUCACUAGUCGAACAAUUGACAUUCAACGAUGUCAGCAACAUCUUAGCUGGUGUAGCUGAUAAUCGACUCGUUGUUUGGCCAGCACCCGGAAUAGUGUUCACAGAUCGAAGUUUGCUCCCAAUAUCCGUCAUUGAGAAGUCCAUCACUGGAUUGGGAAGAUUUCCAUACUUCUUAAGUUUUUCGUUCAAUUCAGCUCUCCUGAGGCGUUCUGAUGGAUCUUUGUUACCAGUCAUAAUAUCACCUUUCCCUGCCGCUUUAUUAACACAUAUUUCUAAUAAUAAAUGGGAUCAAUCAAUUCGAUUAUGUAGACAAGUCAAUGACAACGUAUUAUGGGCGAUUCUGGCUGGUCUUGCAGUUCAGGAAAAAAAUUUGUUUGCUGCAGAAAUAGCAUAUGGAUCUCUCGAUCAGGCCGACAAAGUUACUUUUCUUGCUGAGGCUCGGAACUGCCCAAACAAAGACAUUCGAAACGCUAUGCUGAUAGAGUUAUCAGGAAAAAUAGCAGAUGCUGACAUACUGUUAGAAAAAACUGGAAAUAUCUUUCAAAGCAUAAUGUUAAACGUGAAAAUGUUCAGAUGGGACAGAGCAAUCGAUAUGGCAAUAGCUCACAGGAAAUACUUGGAAAUUGUCAUGGGGUAUAGACAAAGAUACUUGAAAGAAAUGAAGCGGAAUGAGACAGACCCGAAAUACCUCAAGUACUCGUCAGAGGUGGAGAUUGACUUUGAACAUAUACGAGAACUCAUUUCAGCAGAAACUAAGAAAUAG